CGCCGUCCUCCUCCGGCGGGGGCGGCAUCCGAGUCUGGGGGCUCCUCUGCUCCGAGUGCGGCGGCGCUGGCGGCGACCUCCCCGGGGGCUGCUUAGGAGCCCUGGGGGUGCGGUAGGGGCUUCGACAGCCCCCCAGUCCAGAACCCUUCCCGGCUGCGGUGCUGAGCUCCUGGCACCCCCAUUGUUUGCUGGUCUCUGCCCGCCAAGCACUCAACCUUAAAUGUUGAAGAAACAGCGGUGAAACGUCAGAUUGAGCACUCCCAGAUUUUUCCGGAACUUUCUACAAUUCAGGAUGCCCGUGUGGGGAGGUGGAAACAAGUGUGGGGCCUGCGGGCGGACCGUGUACCACGCGGAGGAGGUGCAGUGUGAUGGGCGAAGCUUCCACCGCUGCUGCUUUCUGUGCAUGGUUUGCAGGAAGAAUUUAGAUAGCACCACAGUGGCAAUUCAUGAUGAAGAGAUCUACUGCAAAUCCUGCUACGGGAAGAAGUAUGGGCCCAAAGGCUAUGGGUACGGCCAGGGCGCGGGCACGCUCAACAUGGACCGUGGCGAGAGGCUGGGCAUCAAGCCGGAGAGUGUUCAACCUCACAGGCCUACAACAAAUCCAAACACUUCUAAAUUUGCUCAGAAAUACGGAGGCGCGGAGAAGUGCUCCAGGUGUGGCGAUUCCGUGUAUGCUGCCGAGAAGAUCAUUGGAGCUGGAAAGCCCUGGCACAAAAACUGCUUCCGAUGUGCCAAGUGUGGGAAGAGUCUUGAAUCAACAACUCUGACUGAGAAAGAAGGUGAAAUCUAUUGUAAAGGAUGCUAUGCAAAGAACUUCGGGCCCAAGGGAUUCGGCUACGGCCAGGGAGCAGGAGCCCUUGUUCACGCUCAGUAAAGGUGUGACCCCAGAGCCGGGUCCCAAACGGAGGAUCUCUACGUCUCUAGGCACAGAUAACCCAGCACUAAACUACUGUGAACCUCUGCGGGCACUGAAGUACUGUGUCUCGCCCUGUCCUGGGACAGGCUGGCUGACGCGUAGGAAGAGCACUGUAUCCUUCUGCUUUAUUCAUCAGCAUUUUCGAGAACCAUUUCUUUUACAUUUUAAAUAAAACUGCAGCUUGACUGGG